UACAGUUCAAUACUAUGCUUUGUCAGGUAAUGGAAGCUGUGUGUGUAAUGCUGGACCUCAAGCCAGAGAGGAAGCCAGACCCUAAUGGCUCAGGAAAAAUGAUUGAGGACUAUUGGGCACCAUCUCAGAAGCUGUUGGGGGAUAUGAAGUUCCUCCAGAACCUGCUGCACUAUGACAAAGAAAACAUUCCCACAAAGAUUAUCACUCACGUCCGCAACGAGUUCUACUCUCACCCGGAUUUUGACCCAAAGAAGAUACGUAUGGUAUCAAUGGCUUGUGAGGGCCUCUGCCGAUGGGUGAGGGCCAUGGUUGUCUAUGAUCAAGUCAUAAAGAUUGUCGCCCCCAAGAAACAAGCUUUGGAGGCUGCCAACCAUGAACUGGCCCCCCAGAAUGAAAGGCUAGAGGAAAAGAGGAAGGAACUCAGAGAGCGGUGGGCGGACGAGAAAAUCCCCGACGUAUUCUGGUUUUCUGGGCUGUUCUUCCCCUACUCCUUCCUCACGGGCAUACGUCAGAACUAUGCCAGGAAACAUGCCAUACCCAUCGACAGGAUUGACUUCCUGUUUAAGGUUACUACUUUUAUAUCUAGUACCAUAUUAUGUUUAUAAUGUAAUUAUUUGUAUGGUAAUAUUACAAACAAACAAGUGCCUAGUUUGUAAGGUUCAAAGACUGGACAAGCACCACAAUGAACAUCUUGACACUUAUUCUUCUUUAUUAAUUAACUUUCAAUUAUCACAGUAGCCAUCAUCAGUGCAAUCUAUAGAAAAGAAUCAACAAUGAUAAGAUAAAACAAGACACAUGACUGUUAUAAUAUUAAAAAAAUUAAACUAUUAAAUCAAAAGACAAAUUCAAAUCAUGACUGGAGACUAGUUGAAAAGUGUAGUGAAGUUAAAUGCAGUUAUAAUAACAACAAUUUUAAAAAUACACAAUGAAACUAAAACAAAUAUAUUAUGCUAAAUUGGAAAAAUCGCUUACUUAUUUACCUAAUGACCACCCACAAGAAGUAGCUAUGACAAGGGAAGGAGGCCAGUGGCCUGUGUAGGAUCCCUCCAGUGUUCAUGUUAAUUUUGUAGGGGGUUAUUUGAAGCCCAGUACUGUUCAUGAUUCUA